CUGUACCUUCUCCCAAAUCGGCUGAUAUCUUCUGGCCCCGAACUCCAAUCUUAAAUUAAGAAACUGAUGGAGUGGAAGAAGGAGAGUUUCACUCGAUAGAAGAGCAGCUGUCAGCAACAGAGUUGCUAUAAAGAAAAUCGCCCGAGGGGGACAGAAACAGACGGAGACGAGCGGAGACAGGCGAAGGAGAGAAAAAGAGAGGAAGACUGCUUCAGGUGACCGAGUUGCAAUGGAGGCGCACGGCAUGCGCGAUUAGGGAGCGCCGCUCGUGGAAAGCGCUGGGCUUUUGUUAAGGUGGAUUACAAAAGUGAAAAAGCCUCCAGAACUGACCGGGACCGCCUUUUUUCUGCUUGAGUUGACGGAUUGUCUCCGAAUCAUGAACGUGUCGCCUCCAGACCGCAGGAAAAACAUGCGAGAAUUGGCUCUGGAGAUUGGCAUCAGAGUUCUGCUUUUCGGAGUUUUCGUAUUUACAGAGUUUCUGGAGCCCUUUGAGAGAGUGAUUCAACCAGAGGAGCUUUGGCUCUACAAGAAUCCACUAGUUGAGUCAGACCACAUUCCCAAGAGGGUCAUGUUCGCAAUUUCAUUCCUUACUCCACUGGCAGUGAUAUUUGUGGUGAAGAUAAUUCAGAGGACGGACAAGACAGAGAUAAAAGAGGCUUGUUUAGCUGUAUCCCUGGCUCUUGCUCUAAACGGAGUCUUCACAAAUACUAUCAAGUUGAUUGUUGGCAGACCGAGGCCAGACUACUUACAGCGUUGUUUCCCAGAUGGGCAAAUGAAUGCAAAGAUGCUUUGCACUGGGGAGCCGGGGGUAGUCUCCGAGGGGCGCAAGAGUUUCCCCAGCAGCCAUUCCUCCUUUGCAUUCUCAGGUCUUGGUUUCACCUCCUUCUAUCUGGCGGGAAAGUUGCAGUGUUUUACGGAUCAGGGUCGCGGGCGUAGCUGGCGUCUCUGUGCUAUGGUGCUGCCUCUUUACAGCGCCAUGAUGAUUGCACUGUCCCGGACCUGUGACUACAAACACCACUGGCAAGACGCUUUUGUUGGAGGAGUGAUCGGGUUGCUGUUUGCAUACAUUUGCUACCGCCAGCACUACCCCCCCUUCCUGCACAUGGACUGCCACCUGCCUUAUGCCAGCCUGGCUGCCGCCACGCACACGCCCUCGCAUCCUCAGGACGACCCGCAGCCCACUGACAACGCCACCACCCUUCCCCUGGAAGGCUUGACUGAAGGGCCAGUAUGACUAGUGGCCACCACUGAGACUACCCCCAACGCCCUCACCAAGCCGCCAAGCCCACCCCCCAUUCCCAGUGACUGACUGACUCUUGUAUACAUUCCAGUGGACAGUGAAACGCCUCAUGCAUUCCUAUUCUCUUACACCCCACACUGCGGGUGGCACCUACAUUAUUCCUGUUUUGUUUUUUUUCUCUUUGAUUUUGCUCAGCAGCCAUUAAAGUCUAUAUUUAGAUGUGUUGUAUGCGAGGAACCUACGAAUAUGGGACAUUGCCACAGAGAGGGACGAGAGAAAAAAAAUGUUGAAAACCUGAGGAGAUGUCUUACUAAUGGCUGUGAAAGAAGAUGAAAAUAUUGCCAGCUUUCGCUGGAAUCUUUCUGCGUAAUGAGAGACACGGUUGGCAGGUUGCUAUAUGCUGGAGUAUAUUUAUUGUUUGGUUGUAAAGGAAUGGGACAGAUGGUUGAGGAGAUCCCAUGAAAUGUCACAGCAAUCAAACCAUGAAAUUAAACUAGUGUUAUUGUAUAUGUCACACUUUAAAACAAAAUGUGGAAUCUGAUAGCACCUCAUGCCAGAAACGAAACAACAUCCUGUGUUUCAUUUAAAUCUACAGAUGUCUUCUGCAUUUUGUAGGGCACCAGGCCUAAAACUUUAAGGCAUGCAGGAGCAGUCUAUAUUCAUACCUCUACUAUUUCCAGCAGUUUUAUUUUAUUGUCUGGCAGCAUAAUGAUAAAUAAAGAACCAAUACUCACUUAGGGAAGCACAGCUCCAUGUCAAAAGCAAUAUGUUUUUUUCAUUAUUCAAAUUCUCACCAUUCUCUUGGGCUUUAAACCCUGCAUAUCACCACUUCCUCAUUUCUCUUCCUCCUCCUCUCCCUGUCACCAUCAAACUCUAUUUUUCACUUGCUUUGCAUUUAACACUUGUUCCCCGAGGUUGCACAGGGACACGGACCCUCAGUGGGGGCAAUCAAUAACAGCCAAGUGGGAAUGCUGUGGCAGAAGUGUGUCUGGGAAGGCGCAAACUCCAAUCUGCUUCUGCAUUAAUCCUCAUUAAGCACGGUCAGCCACUGCUCCUUAUGAGGGCAUUAGAACUAUAUGAGGUGCCCCGUGAACUGCCCAUGCAUCGCAAAUGGCUUUCAGUCCAAUGUAGCCCCACAAAUAGACAAUCUAGUAUUCAGCAGACGAGAGACCUGAACCCAGGGCUGUGAUUUUGGUGUAUUUAUCAUCCAUUAAAGUUCCAUUUUUUCUUAAUAUAGGGACAGCAUGUUGAAACAAGCAAACACCAAAGAUCUGUAGUUUUUUUUUUAUGCCUAGGUAGUAUGCACCAAGUUUUUCAUUAUGAACAGAAAUCCCAGAUAGCUAGUUGACUGGUUUCCUAUCAUCAACAAAGCAAUUUGUAGCCUUUUGCAAUUUUAGUUAGAAAUGAUGGGGUUUUUUCGUUGCCUUGGUUACUAUGCGCUUUUUUGCCAUUGCUGUGACAUUAAUGGGAAAAUUAGAUAUUAGGACAGCUCUAACCCAAACAAGCACUAAAAAGCAGUGUUGGGCGAUGCAGGAGAACUGCACAGCAUAACAGAAUGAAUGAGCAGCAAGCCAAAUUUUUUCAAAUCCUGUCAAGAAGCUCGUGAGCAGUGUUUUUACAUUCAUCUGUCUCUACAGUCUGUCGCCACAUGUGUUUUGGUGGAAAGCAUCAGAUGUAACUUCGGCUGUUGUUUCACUUUAUCCUGGGCACAGUUUGGCUCGUGGCACAAAGGUAGACAAGGAACGAUCUCUCUGAUCAAAAUGACUUUAUACAUGAUUUAUUUAAACGUGUCACAAUUAAGCCUGAAUCACAAAUGCAACCCAUUGGCAGCUGUUGAAAAGCAUUUGUGUGUGUGCGUGCGCGAGCGUGUGAAUAUUUUUGUGUGCAGCGUUUGACAAGGCCGAUCUCACAAUGAUGCAAUACAACGUGAAACUUUACAAAGAACGAACGUUUCACCAGAGGGAAAAAGGUGCUCGACGCUGCGCAUCAGACUCUGUGAUGGGACUUAAGACUCUGAGAGCUGACUGUAAGAAAGGAGAGUGACUCCAUAGAGUCUUUCAGCACAUGACUGCAAAUGUGUCACUGUGAGAUACUGGCUUUGUGAGGCAGAUUUUCAGAGAUAAAAAGGAUUGUGACACAAAUACACAACGUUCUAUACCUGCAUUUGCCUGACUGAUGGCGGUCUGAUGUUUGUACUCUGUCAUUUAGUUUUCUCCUAUUAUGUGGUACUGUAUAUUGCAGGAAAAGCAUUGUUCAGAAGUCUGUAUUUUCACCUUUUUUCAACAGGGGAUUUGAGUUCCCCGCUCUCUUAGAAAUAAUCUAAGAUCACGGCUUGUUUUCAUUUGGUGCUAUAGAUGCUGUUGUAGCAGUUGGUGUCCUGUUAUUUCAAAUGGUUGAUGUGUCACUAAGAAACGAAAUUCAGUCUUUUUUUUUUUCUUUUUUUUAGAGAGAGAGAAAGAAAAGUUAUUAAAAUAAAUAUUUAAAUAUUUUAAAUUAGAUAAGCAGCCAGUGUGUACUCCUCAGAUAUUUUUUCACCUUCACAAGGACUGAAGGCAUAAAUAAACUUAAGAAAAUAAAAAUACUGAAGAAUAUUGAGAUGAUUGUCAGCUAUCAUGAAUAGAUGU